AUGCUGAUCAAGGUCUUCAUUCCCAAGUACUGCAAACAGGGCAAGGGCAAAUCCCUCCUCCAAUUCCUCUACGUGAUUCAGUGCAUACCAGCGGUCAAGAAACCUCCACCUGCUCAGCCUGAAGAAUCAGCCACACAGGAUGCCGACACUCCAGACUCUCUAUUGCCACCUUCCGUGUCUUCUCCUCCUCCAGAACCGACACCAACCAACCCAAGUGUAACUGUCCCCACCAAAGCUCAGCCAACUCUACCCGCCCCAUCCACCAAGCGUUCCAGUCGCAAGGGGUCUAAGAAUCGCCGGGCCAAGCACCCUCUUGAGAAACCUACGGAGACGCCUCAGGCUACUCCCCCCACCCCUCUUCCACGGCCCACUCCUGCACUGAAGUCUACACCCCAGUCAGCAACCAACCCUCCUACGGCGUCUUCCGCUCGGGCGAAACUUUCUGCAUCUGAGCAGCCACUGGUCACUGAGGCAUUUGAUCGCAGCGCAUGGCUGGUGGCAAUGGAUGCGGAACUGAACCAGGGCCCAGCCGGUCUCUAUUGUUGUGAAAGUGUUGUUCAGUUGAUUACAAAUUUAGAUUUCAGAGAGUUUGUUCUGAGCGCUAAAGGCACUCACAAUAGAGCACAUUUUGCUUUAUUCUAA